AUGGCGUCCGCGGUAGAAAGAAACAGCGAUGCUGCCAGCGAGGAGAAGAAAAUUGACCACACACAUCUCGAACGGCCGCAUAGACACACAAUCGACAACCUUCCCGACCCCGAUGCAGGACUCAGUGACGAAGAACGUGCUGCCGCAGACCGCGCCCUCGUCUGGAAACUCGACACCAACCUCAUACCAUGGCUAUCCUUCCUGUAUCUGAUAUCCUUCCUCGACCGAACAAACAUUGGAAAUGCGAAGGUCGACGGCCUACAGGAGGAUUUGCACAUGUCGGACGCACAGUACAAUGCCAGUCUGACGAUUUUCUUCGUGAGCUACGCAGUCUUCGAGCCGUUGACGAAUGUAUUGCUUAAGAAGAUGAGGCCGAGCAUAUUUUUGCCGAUAAUCAUGCUGUGGUGGGGUAUUUGCAUGACAUGUAUGGGACUGGUGCAUAAUUGGGCUGGGCUGAUGACUGCCCGCUGGUGGCUUGGUGUUGCAGAGGCUGGUCUCUUCCCCGGUGUCAACUACUAUCUCUCAUGCUGGUACAAGCGUUCUGAAUUCGGUAUCAGAGCUGCGAUCUUCUUUUCGGCUGCCGCGUUAGCAGGCUCCUUUGGCGGUCUUCUCGCAGCGGGAAUUUCGAAAAUGGCAGGAGUGGGUGGGAAACCUGGAUGGGCAUGGAUCUUCAUUCUCGAAGGUCUCGCCACAGUCUUAGUUGGGAUUGCCAGCUACUGGAUGGUUCACGAUUUCCCCACCGAAGCCACGUUCCUCAGUCCAGACGAUCGCGCACGCGUGCUCCGGCGCCUCAGAGACGACCAGCAGUCCUCUGCUGAACACGAGGACUUCAAGAUGAAGUACUUCUGGCAAUCUGUCACAGACUGGAAGACGUACAUGUUCAUGAUCAUCUACAUGGGCGCCGAUGGUGCGCUGUACGCGUUCAGUCUCUUCCUCCCUUCGAUUCUCAGCGCAAUGGGAUACACCUCCAUCACCGCAAAUCUGCUUUCUGUGCCGCCUUAUGCGGCAGCGGCCAUCGUCACCGUCUCCAUUGGGUGGCUCGCGGAUCGGACAGGACAGCGCGGACUGUGCAACAUCGGCAUCUCGCUCGUCGGUAUCGCUGGCUUUUGCAUGUUGAUAGGCUCCGCAUCGCCACACGUACGAUACGCCGGUACUUUCUUCGGAGCUAUGGGCAUCUACCCGUGCGUUGCAAACACGGUAUCAUGGAUCUCAAACAACAUCGAAGGCACAUACAAGCGCGGCAUCACGCUUGGCUUCGCCAUCGGCUGGGGAAAUCUAAACGGCGUUGUCAGUUCGAACAUCUAUAGGGGGAAGGACAAGCCGAGAUACUUUCUUGGACAUGGAGUUGUGUUGGUGUACUUGGCGGUGUUUCUGUUUGGAGGAAGUAUCGUGACGAGGAUGAUGUUGGCGGCGGAAAACAAGAAACGUAUGAGUGGCGCUCGCGAUGCCUCGAUUGAGGGAAAGAGCGAGGCAGAGAUUCACGACAUGGGCGAUAAGAGGCCGGACUUUCUCUAUACGCUAUGA